AUGAGUGCCAUCUUAUGCGUCGCCGCUAGGCAUCUCAACACCCUCUGUCCGCAGAGCACCAAGUACUCCCACGAGUCGAUGCAGCUGAUGGCCAAGACGGUGCGGCCCUUUCGCCGCAACCUCUCACGACCUCUGACGAAGGAUAACUGCGAGGCUCUCAUGGGCACCGCGCUUCUGGUCAACUAUAUAUCGUGGCUUGACCUUGGCUUCCUGGACGGUGUGACAAGCGCUCCUCCCGACUCCGCCGCAGGAGUAGGAGCAGCAAAGUUCGACCUCUCCCAGGACCCGCUGUGUUUUCUGAGCCCGGGGAUCCUGCAGGUCUGGUUCCAGGCCAUCCCCGUCUUCAUCGACCACGGAAGCGUCUUUGGCCUUGUCGUCCAUCAAAACCCCCGGCUCGCCAUCGAGGAGGCGCUGGCCAAGAGGGGCGAAGACCCGGCACGCUUCGUGGAGCCGUUGAUGAGGAUCUGGGACGACCCGCGAUACCACCAGACAUGGGCUUGCACGGCUCCAUAUACCGGGUCGGCUGAUCGUGGGCCUACAUCGUACGCUUGGCGUCUCCUGCGCGGGCUGGACACGGAGCUAAGGAGGAGACGACGCAAAGCAGAAACUGGUACAGUUCCGGGACGCAGUCACAAGAAUCACGACCGGGUGUUGUAUUCCCUCGGCCACGCUCCCGGCGGACACAUCAAUGACUACCUCACCACCACCAUCGACACAGCUGGCGCGCUCAUCGUUCGAGAGCAUCGCACGCCGCAUCUCGCCUCUCCUGUGCUGCGCAUCUCUCGCCGCGUCAGCGUCGUCGAACAGCAACACCGCACCGGCAGUAGCAGCAGCAGCGGUCGCAGCAGACCCCGACCGCCGCAGUGA